AUGUUGUAAUUUAUCAUCAAAUUGACAUACUUUUUUGUUGAAUAUAUUUAAUUAUGUCUGUAACAUAUUAAGUAUUUUAAUAUAAACUCUGUGUUAAAACUAUAUAAACUAUAUAUUAUUUAUAGCUUAUAAAUAUUGUUAUAUGUCGAUUUUUAAUAAUAGAAAUUAUCCUUUUUUUUCAGAUUCUAUUUGAUAACAUUUAAUUUAGUGAAAGUUUGUUUAUAAAUCAACCUUACAUAAUGGCUGCUUUAACAACAAAUGUGAAAUAUACCUUUCACUCUCUUUGUACAACCGUUGUAAGAGCAAUGUCUACCAAUGCAAUGUUAAAUCCAAAAGACGAAGUGAAAGAAAUAGUACUUAAGUAUUUGGAUGGGAAAGACAAUGGGAUUGUGGUAUUAGGAUUAAAUCGACCCAGCGUUUGCAAUGCUCUUGGCAAAACUUUAACUAGUCAACUGCACGAUGCUAUUUCUUCCAUUAGAGAGGAUUCAAAAUUGAGAGUGUUAAUUAUUCGUAGUUUGGUCCCAAAGGUUUUCUGCGCUGGUGCGGAUCUCAGAGAAAGAGCAAGGAUGGACAAUGCAGAAGUUUUGAAAUUUGUUUCGUUCUUAAGAAAUAUGACAAAUAAUAUAGAAACUCUACCAACACCUGUGAUAUCCGCUAUGGAUGGCGCUGCACUAGGUGGUGGAUUAGAAAUUGCACUAGCCACAGACAUCAGAGUUGCAACAUCAGAAGCCAAAAUGGGUCUUGUAGAGACAAAGUGGGCUAUUAUCCCUGGAGCAGGAGGUACUCAAAGACUUCCACGAAUAAUUGGAAGUGCUAAAGCAAAAGAACUGAUCUACACUGCACGUAUUCUUAAUGGUGAAGAAGCUAUGAAGAUUGGUUUAGUAAAUGAGGUAGUUCCACAAAAUAAAAACGGCGAUGCUGCUUAUCAGGCCGCUUUGUCAAUUGCCAGAGAAAUUUUACCUAAUGGACCAAUCGGAGUUAAAAUGGCAAAAACAGCAAUAUCCCAAGGUUUACAGGUACCUGUUACAGAUGGAUUUGAAAUUGAAAAACAAUGUUAUAACAAAGUUGUAAACACAAAAGAUAGAAUCGAAGGACUUGCAGCAUUUGCAUCGAAACGUAUUCCCAUUUAUCAGGGAGUUUAG